UGCUUCUUUCUUCUUUGUAUUUGGAUCAGAUGUACAGAAGCAAGAAGCUCGACGAUUCCGGACAAGAGAAAUCAGGAUUUUCUUCAGUUAUAUCAUCACCCAUGGAUUUGCAUCUAAGAAGAGGUGGUUACCCACAUGAGAUGUUCUAUCAAAGAACAGGUUCGCCGCUACACUCGUUCGGGAUAAAGAAUGGGAGCUUCUUCUCAUCAACAGGUAUUAAUGAGACCAACCGACUUUAUGGCGAUCUUUUUCUCCGACCGCACACUCAGAGGCCAUUUGAUUUCAAGAGCAGCAAUUUCAGCAGUAGGCAUCAAGAAUGGGCUUUUAACCAGCAAGCAGCAGCGCGAGCCGGUAGUUCAAUCAAAUAUCAAAGCCCAGCAAAAGGGUUAAUACAUGACAUGAUCUUUGCGAAGGAUGCGAAGCCGACAACCUCACAUCUGUUCGAUGUGAGGGAUGUGAUUGCUGGAAACAGGAAUCAAACUCUAUCACAACAAAUCCUCGAGGAAAGAAGGCAGUCCCUCUCCAAGGUUUUCCCAGUGGAUCAAUUCUCUACUGAAGGGAAUAACAGUUACUAUCAUCGCAACUACAAUAGUUCUACUCACUCCAACUCAUCAGAUCCUGUGGUUAUCAAUGAGAGACUAAAGCCUCAAUUUGAAGACCCAUUUAGAAUUCAGAUAGAGAGACAAGGAGAAAACAAAUACAUGAACAGCCUAGACGACAUGUUUGAGAGAAGAGAGAACCCUACAAGAGAAGCGAAGAAGAUGAAGAUGACAACAUUAAUGGAGAGGGAUAGAGAACCCAACUUGAAGCUAAGCUUGAGCCCCAUCACAGUGGAUGAUCAUGGAGCUAAUGAAAGAAAGGGGACCGAGAUCGAGGAAGAGGUCGAUAGCGCACUCUCACUGUCUCUCUCACUUCCUACGAGCCUCAUGCAGCAUCAAGAAACUGAGAAGAGAAAUGUUCAGUUGUCAGAAAGAGGCAGUAGCAACAACAACAAGGCCAAUGUAGGGAUGAGUACUUUAGAUCUGACCAUGUCAAUUGGAGCAUUGGAGUGAGAUCUUUCAAGUACUUGUUUCGAGGCUUUUUGAAGUGUUGCAACUGAAAUAAGGUCUAAUCAGCCUAAUUGAGACCAAGAUUUACAUUUAGUAGCCAGAGUUUAAUUUACUUGUCAUCAUGAGUGCCAUAUGGUUAUCUUAAUUAAUUUAUUUUAUUGUCAUAAAAAUUGAUAUUUUAGAUAUUUAACCAUGCAUCUACAUAUUAUUGAUACUUA